AUGGCUCCCAAAGGUGGAAAAGGAGGAGGUGGUGGUAGUCGCGGUGGUAGCGGUGGUCACCGUGGUAGCAGCAUUUCGAGCCAUUGUCGUUCCGGCGCGUUUGAGGAUGGGGCCAUCGUCGCUUCUAUGGUGUUUUUGUCUAUCUUUCUGUUCGUGUUCCUCUGGAUGAGCUGCAUUACUUCGUCAAAGUCGAAGGCAAUGAAAACGAGAGGUCAACGCAAAUCAAAAUCGCUGUGGUGUGCAUUGACAUUAUCAUUAACGUUGGUUAUCGGUGCUACUAUACUCUUCAUUGCUACAACAGUCAUGCGCGAGUGCGGGAAUACUGGUAGCUAUGAGACACUCACGAUAAUCCGAACCUGGUUCAGGAACUGGGGCGCUCUCCUCCUUAUUGGCGUCAUCAUGGUGCCGCUCUGCAAACAUCUGCACCAGUUGGCUGGAAAGGUUCUUGGGCGAAUUAUCGCAGUCGGCCAUUUUGUUGUCAUGAUUAUCAUGGCAAUCCUUCUCCUCUGUUACCUGGGCUUGCAAACUAGUCUUUCGAGCAUUAAUGCGAGCUAUAGAGUACUCGGCUCUCUGUCCAAAGUGACCAUUGGGCUUGGUGCCACCUACAGUAUAGUCACCGUGAUUGGAACAGGUCUAGCGUCAGUUAGCAUACUCCUCGCUACCAUUCGAAGCUCCCAGAUUCAGAAUUCUUGGGCGAAGAAAUGGAUCUUCCUCGUGAUCAUUUUUCCCGUCGCAUUGACGUUCUUUGAUUUGGUUUAUAAUUUCCAUUUCUACGUCAGGGGAGAAACAUACACUACGAUAGCCUUCGCCGUAUUCACGUUCCUCUGGAACCUGUUCUAUGCCCUGUCAUAUCUUGCCGUUCUGUACAUUGUGUCUGAGGGAUCAUUGGCCCCAGCUGCGCAACCCGGCCCAGCAGCUCAGCACGAUCCUACGAAGGGCGUCUACGCACCGGUUCAGGGUACCGCCCAGCAGCCGUUCGAAAACGUAAACACAGCUUACAAUAGCCCGAUGCAGCAAACUCAGCAACCACCGCAGAUACAGCUGAACAAUAUGCAAACUCCACCACCCAUGAGCCAACCAGGAUUCGAACCAACGAGGAACGAUUUCGUUCAACCUCCUGCACCCCCGCAGCAAUACUAUGACCCUGUUAAGGGAGAGGCCCAUCAGUCUCUCCUGCAAGGUCCGUCAUAUGAGCAACCAGCGCCACAAUACCAGAAUUACGCCCAGCCACCUGUGCCACAACCCUACAGAUAA